AGCUUGCUAUCGAAUUUUUACUUGUGCCACUGAUAUAUUUAGUUUUGUUUCUAGAUGUUCUUCUAUAUUGGCUGAGUCUUCUGCUAUGUCCUCUGGCCUACUUUCAAUUAAUAGUGCCUUGUAGUGGGAUGUCCAGGUUUUUAGGUCAAUCCAUGUGUUGUUCCUUACCUUUGUAUCUGAUUUUAGUUCUCUAAUAGUUCUCCAGACUUCUGUGCUCUGGGCACCUCCUAUCAUGCUCUCAAUCUCCACGCAUUUGUUUUCCCAAGUUCUGUUUUUUUUCUUGUUUUAUUGCUUGUCUGACUUCGUUGUUUCUAAGUUUGUAUUGAUACCUGUUCUCCGUUGUCCUGUUUGUAAGCCAGUUGUUAUAAGCCUUAUGUUUUUCUGUUAUUAAGUAUUUAAUUUCGUCAGUGAGCCACGACGGUUUCCUUUUUACGUGUUUUCCAGCUUCGUAUCCCAAAGCUUCAUGUGCCGCUUGAUAUAAUGCUUUUUUGAUGUUUUCAUGUUCCGUAUCAUUAUAAUAGUUACCUGUUGAUGAUAAUAGAUGAUAAUAGUUACCUGUUGAAAAAUAAAGGAGUUAUGCAAAAUUCAUUCUUAUAUUCAGUACAAAGAUGGACUUAUUCAAAUUUCACAUAAUAAAACAACGCUAGUAUUUACCUACCUAAAGGAGGGUCCACAUUUAGUAACAUGUUAUAUAACAUUGCUAUAUAACAAGCUACAUGUAACAUGUUAAAAAACCUGGCGACGUCCACAUUAUAGUUUUAGUAAUCAUGAAUUGUUUUGGCGAGAAAGAUGCUCUGCUCGCAGCAGCGGCGUGCGUAAUUAUUUUUGAAGAAAGUGAAAGAAAAUCGAGAAAAAGGCGGUUUUGGGUCCGCCAUAGCCUACAAGCAAGGUCUAUAUAUAGUGGAACUCAUCUAUUAGAAGAUCUAAAAAAGGAUGAUUGCGCCCCUCUGAAUUGGGGAUUAGAAUACAAGGGGAGUUUCAAAAAUUUUUGUAGGAUGAGUAGUUCUGACUUUGAGCACCUGAUAAAUCUAAUUGGUCCAAAGAUUCAAAAAUCUGACACACGAUUUAGGGAUGCAGUACCUGUUGUAGAACGGCUAGCAAUAACGUUACGGUUUUUGGCGACUGGAGACUCCUAUCAAAGUCUAAUGUACUUAUUUAAAGUUUCUAAACAACUUAUAUCACUUAUUGUGCCUGAAGUAUGUGAUGCACUAAUAGAAUGUUUACAAGAGAAUGUUAAGUUACCUACAACGGCAGAAGAGUGGCAGGGUAUUGCUACAGAUUUUUAUCGACAAUGGAAUUUUCCAAACUGCCUCGGUUCCAUGGAUGGAAAACACGUUAUGUUACAAGCCCCUUUUGGAAGUGGAACGGAAUACUUUAAUUAUAAGGGCUUUUUCAGCAUUGUUCUUUUCGGAGUAGUUGAUGCAAAUUAUUGUUUUAUUUUUGUGAAUGCUGGAUGUCAAGGCCGAAUUUCCGAUGGCGGUGUAUUUGCAAAUACUACUUUAAAAUCAUUAAUUGCAAAAAAUGACUUGAAUUUGCCUGAAGCCAGUCCAUUGCCUGGAAGAUCAAAUCCUGUACCUUACGCUUUCAUAGGCGAUGACGCUUUCACACUACAGCCACAUCUUCUAAAACCAUAUGCAGGUCUGCACGAUAGAGGUUCAGGUGAAAGAAUUUUCAACUAUCGCAUCAGUCGUGCUCGUAGGAUAGUGGAAAAUGCAUUUGGUAUUAUAUCCUCCGUAUUUAGGGUAUUAAGAAAGCCAAUGCUUAUUGAACCAAAUAAAGCAACAAAAGUCGUGUUGGCUUGUGUGCAUUUACACAAUUUUCUAAAAAGGAGCUCUACAUCAAAAAAUAUUUACACACCUCCUGGGACGUUCGACACAGAAGAUUUUGAAAGUGGAACAAUGAUAUCGGGGCAAUGGAGGGUAGAUCAAACGAAUAUGACUUCAUUAUUUCCGUUACGUAAAGUACCAAGGAAAGCAUCAGCAAGUGCUUAUGAGAUAAGAGAUGAAUUUCGUGAUUUUUUUCUAACAAGCCAGGGCAAAGUCGCAUGGCAAGAUAAAUAUUGA